AGCAGUCAUUUUCGGAAGUGGGUAGUCUCGCCAUAAACCCAUAAACUGGCUCUGGUAGGACACACCUCUGAGGAAUCAGCUCAGAAUCAGCUCUGGUGUCCUUCAGUGCUUACUAACGGGUUUUACUGCGCGCAGCAACAUGUCCAUCUUAAAGAUCCACGCCCGGGAGAUUUUUGACUCCAGAGGGAACCCAACUGUAGAAGUGGACCUUUACACUGAUAAAGGUCUGUUUCGAGCAGCGGUUCCUAGUGGAGCAUCCACUGGCAUCUAUGAAGCUUUGGAGCUGAGAGACAAUGAUAAGUCUCGCUACCUGGGCAAAGGUGUCUCCAAAGCUGUUGAGCAUGUCAAUCAAACUAUUGCUCCAGCACUGAUUGACCAGGGAUUAUCUGUUGUUGAGCAAGAGGCAAUUGAUCAGUUCAUGCUGGAUUUGGAUGGAACAGAAAAUAAAUCUAAGUUUGGUGCUAAUGCCAUCCUGGGCGUGUCCCUGGCUGUGUGUAAGGCAGGAGCAGCAGAGAAAGGUGUCCCCCUGUACCGCCAUAUUGCUGACCUUGCAGGAAAUCCAGAGGUCAUCCUGCCAGUGCCGGCUUUUAAUGUGAUAAACGGAGGUUCCCAUGCGGGUAACAAGCUGGCCAUGCAGGAGUUCAUGAUUCUGCCAGUGGGAGCCAGUAGCUUUAAGGAAGCCAUGCGCAUUGGUGCUGAAGUUUAUCAUAACCUGAAAAAUGUCAUUAAGGAAAAGUAUGGAAAGGAUGCCACCAAUGUAGGAGAUGAGGGUGGAUUUGCACCAAACAUCCUGGAGAAUAAAGAAGCCCUGGAGCUGCUGAAGAACGCCAUCAGCAAAGCUGGAUACACAGACGAGGUUGUGGUUGGCAUGGAUGUGGCUGCAUCUGAGUUCUACCGUGAUGAAAAAUAUGAUUUGGACUUCAAGUCACCUGACGACCCUAGCCGUUAUAUUAGCUCUGACGAGCUCGGUGAUCUUUACAAAAGCUUUGUUGAUGAAUACCCAGUUGUGUCCAUUGAAGACCCUUUUGACCAAGAUGACUGGCAGGCCUGGACUAAUUUUACUGCCACUACAGACAUCCAGGUAGUGGGGGAUGAUCUGACUGUGACCAACCCCAAACGCAUUUCCAAAGCAGUGGAAGAGAAGGCUUGCAACUGUCUUCUGCUCAAAGUGAAUCAAAUUGGCUCUGUAACAGAGUCUUUGCAAGCCUGUAAGAUGGCCCAGUCCAGUGGCUGGGGUGUGAUGGUGAGCCAUCGCUCAGGAGAGACAGAAGACACCUUCAUCGCUGACCUGGUGGUGGGCCUAUGCACUGGACAGAUCAAAACAGGAGCUCCUUGCCGUUCUGAGCGUCUGGCCAAAUACAACCAGAUCCUCAGAAUUGAGGAGGAACUGGGAGAAAAGGCUCGCUUUGCAGGAAAAAGUUUCAGAAACCCACUGAACUAAGACUGAACUACUAGAAACACUUUAAACCACUAUUAAGGCAGUACGCAGAAAUGUGUGUGCUUGCAGACAGUGACUAGAGAAUGUACUGUAGAAAGCUGUAUUCUAUGUUUGAACUGAACCAAGUAAAGUAUAUGUAUAGUGUUAUAUAGAAAGAAAUAAUAAGCAGUAUUUAAUCUUGUGGUCAUGCGGUCAGUGGACUGCUUGUUUACUGAUGAUUGUAUUCAUAGAGAGCUAAUGACAUAUGUUAGAUAAUCCUGUGGUUGCUGAAAUGGACAGGAAAAAAUAAAAAAAUACUUGAGAAACCAA